AUGUAUAAAAUAAUAUCUUAUAAAUAUAUUUCUAAUAAUAAAAUAUUAGUUAGUUAUAUACCUAAAUUAGAUAAAGAUAUUAUAGAUAGUCAUAAUCUUGAUAUAUUUAAAAUUCUAAAUAAAUAUAAAGAUCAUGAAGUACAAAAUUUAAAUGUUACUUCUAUAGCUAUCUCUGCUGCUAUUACAGCUUAUGGUAGAAUCCAUAUAAAUAAACUUAAACUUAAUGUCUUGAAUAAAGGAGGUAAAAUCUACUAUUCUGACACAGAUAGUUUAGUAAUUAAUAUUAAAUUAAAUAAAGAUAAAAUAAGUAAUAAUGAAAUAGGUAAAUUAAAAUUCGAACAUUUAGUAGAUAGAGGUGUAUAUAUUAAUAGUAAAGUUUAUUAUUUAAUAGAUAAAGAUGGUAACUAUAUUAGCAGAGCUAAAGGUGUUAA